GAAGCGGCCGGACCAAAGAUGGCUGCGGUGAAGUGGUCUGGAAGUGCCGCUGCUGGUGGUACCUGCAGCCCUAAAACCAUGGAGCGGGUUCUGCCGAUGUUGUUGGUGCCGGUCCCCGCCGAGGCCACGGGGCGGCUGGGAUCCCGGGCGCUGAUGCACAGAAAGCAAGAGGUUCUGGGGAGCUUGACAACUGCAGGCAGCCUUCAAGUGCUUUCCUUGGCGCCCGGCGGCCGGGGCGGGGUUGGCUGCUGCCUCGACGGCCCCUUUCGGCACUUUGUGUGGGAGGAUUCUCACAACAGAGGCACACCAACAGACAAGCCCAGACUGCUCGCUCUUAGUGAAAAUUAUGAACUGUUCAUCUAUGAAUUUGAUUUGAAAGAUGGAAGAUGUGAUGGAACCAUUUUGUAUAGCUAUAGCGAGGAGACAUUGCAAAAGCUCAUUAAAGAUCAAAAUAUCAGUAUUUCCUUUUUAUCUUUGCGAAUUCUGUCAUUUCAUAAUAACACAUCAUUAUUGUUCAUCAACAAAUGUAUCGUCCUAUGCAUUAUAUUUCCUGAAAGAGAUGCUGAGAUUAGAGUACUCAACUGUUUCACGUUACCCUUGCCUGCACAGGCAGUGGACAGGAUUAUUGACACGCAGCUCUGCAGAGGAAUUCUUUUUGUUUUGAGUAGUUUAGGCUGGAUCUACAUAUUUGACAUUGUGGAGGGUAGACAUGCAGCUCAUGUGGAUUUAGCACUUCACCAAGAAGAUAUGUGUAAUGAACAGCAACAGGAGCCAACCAAGAUGUCUUCCUUUACUUCACUGAAAGUGUCUCAAGACCUAGAUGUUGUAGUGAUUGUCAGCGCCUCCAACUCUGCAAUUGCUCUUAACUUAAAUCUGUAUUUCAGGCAACACCCAGGACACCUAUUAUGUGAAAGGACUCUAGAAGACAUCCCUAUUGAAGGCCCUAAGGGCAUAGAUGAAGAUGAUCCUGUUAAUUCUGACUACAACAUGAAACUGACCAAGUUUUCCUUCCAAGUGGAUAGGUCUUGGAAAGCCCAGCUAUCAUCAUUGAAUGAAGCAAUAAAGAGCUCCAGACGAGAGGUUUCCCGUUGUGCUCCAUGGUUCCAGGAUAUUUUGCACUCGGAUUCCCCUGAAUCUAAUACUCACAGUACAAGCAUGCCAAGCUGGGCCUUCACUUCACAGGACAUAAUGUGCAGUCAGUAUAAUUUGUCACAGAAAGAUCAUGCCAAGACCAGUGAUCCAGGAAAAGCAUGGAAAAUAAUGCACAUCAGCGAACAGGAGGAACCCACUGAGCUUAGAUGUGUGUCUGUGACAGGAUUCACUGCACUGUUUACCUGGACAAUGGAAAGGAUGGGCUGCACCAUUGUCCUCUGGGAUUUGGAAACCCAGGGCAUACAGUGCUUUUCCUUGGACCAAAAGUGUAUUCCUGUAGACAAUAGUGGAGACCAGCAACUGUGCCUUAUUUUGACAGAAAGUGGACUCUCUCUGAUUUUAUUUGGUUUGACUCAAGAGGAGUUUUUAAAUAGACUGAUGAUCCAUGGAAGUGCCAGCACUGUGGACUCUCUUUGCCAUCUCAAUGGCUGGGGGAGGUGCUCAAUCCCCAUACACGCACUAGAGGCUGGGAUAGAAAAUCGUCAGCUGGAUACAGUAGAUUUCUUUUUGAAGAGCAAGGAAAAUCUUUUAAAUCCAUCCUCAAAAUCUUGUGUACCCGAUCAGUUUGAUCACUUUCCAUCCCAUUUAUAUUUAAGAAAUGUGGAAGAACUGACACCAGCAUUGGAUUUACUUUGCUCAGCAAUUAGAGAAAGUGAUUCUGAAACGCAAAGCAAAAACUUCUCAGAACAAUUGCUUAAUCUUACACUGUCCUUCCUUAACAAACAAAUAAAGGAGCUUUUUGUUCACAAUGAAGAGCUAGAUGAACAUCUACAGAAAGGAGUGAACAUUUUGACCAGCUACAUUAAUGAACUUCGAACCUUCAUGAUAAAGUUUCCUUGGAAGCUAACAGAUGCUGUAGGUGAAUAUAAUGUAAAUGAAAAUGUCCCAGAGGUAAAGGAGAGCACUAUAUGGGAGAAACUCAGCGUUGAGGAAAUUAUUGCCAAUGCCAUUUUAAACAACAAAAUACCAGAGGCACAGACUUUCUUCAGGAUUAAUAGUCAUUCUGCUCAAAGACUCGAGGAGCUGAUUAGAAUAGGCCUAGAUUUAGUCUUUGACAAUUUGAAGAAGAACAAUGUAAAGGAAGCCUCUGAACUUUUAAAGAAUAUGGGCUUUGAUGUAAAAGACCAGUUGCUCAAGAUAUGCUUCUAUACAACUGAUAAAAAUAUACGAGACUUUUUGGUUAAAAUUUUAAAAGAAAAAAAUUACUUUUCUGAAAAAGAGAAAAGAACUAUAGACUUCGUGCAUCAAGUUGAGAAGUUUUAUUCAGAACAUUUGCAAGAAAAUAUGCAGAUCCAGUCCUUGUCCAGGUAUUGGAUAAAAGAACACGAUUUUUUCAAGCAUAAAUCUGUUUUGGACUCAUUCCUGAAAUACGAUAAAAAAGAUACAUUUAACAAGCAGAACCAUAGAAUUGCGUUAAAUUGGGCUCAGUGGUGGAAUCAACUAACCCAAGAAUCCAUCCUUCUCCCCAGGAUAAAUCCAGAAGAAUACAGAUCAUGUUCUCCCAAAGCCCUCUGGAGAUACCUCACAGCUCGCCAUGAUUGGUUAAGCAUUAUCUCGUGGAUUGGAGAAUUUCAGGCCCAGAAUAGUUAUGCUUCACUUCAGCAGAACAAAUGGCCCCCGCUGACUGUUGAUGUUAUUGAUCAGAAUACUUGCUGCAACGAUGACAUGAGGAAUAAAAUCUUAGAUGAGCUGGCCAGGAAUGGGAUUUUUCUUGCAUCCGAACUAGAAGACUUUGAACUCUUCCUCCUAAGGCUGAACCGUAUUGGGGGUGUGAUGCAAGAUACCCUCCCUGUUCAAAACUACAGGUCCAAAGAAGGUUGGGAUUUCCAUUCUCACUUCAUUCUCUAUUGUUUGGAACACAAUCUGCAGUAUCCUCUUUUUGUCUAUCUCGACUGUUACAAACUUAGUCCUACAAAUUGUCCCUUUUUGGAAAAAAAAGAAUUACAUGAAGCUCACCCUUGGUUUGAAUUUUUAGUUCAGUGUCGACAAGUUUCCAGUAACUUAACAGAUCCUAAACUGAUCUUCCAGGCUAGCCUUGCAAAUGCUCAGAUACUGAUCCCCAGCAACCAGGCCAGUGUAAGCAGUAUGCUGUUAGAAGGGCAUACCCUCCUGGCCCUUGCUACCACAAUGUAUGCUCCUGGGGGUGUCAGCCAGGUUGUUCAGAAUGAAGAAAAUGAGAACUGUUUGAAGAAAGUAGAUCCCCAGCUAUUGAAGAUGGCAUUAACUCCUUAUCCCAAGCUAAAAACUGCUCUCUUUCCACAGUACACUGCCCCUAGUGUCCUGCCACCCGAUAUUACACUCUACCACCUUAUUCAGUCAUUAUUACCCUUUGAUCCUAGCAGAUUGUUUGGCUGGCAGUCUGCCAACACACUAGCUAUAGGAGAUGCAUCGAGUCAUCUCCCACAUUUCUCUAGCCCUGACUUGGUUAAUAAAUACGCGAUAGUGGAACGUCUGAAUUUUGCUUAUUAUUUAUAUCAUGGACGGCCAUCCUUUGCAUUUGGUACUUUUCUGGUUCAGGAAUUAACCAAGAGCAAGACACCCAAGCAGCUGAUCCAGCAAGUAGGGAAUGAAGCUUAUGUUUUAGGCCUCUCCUCCUUCUACAUACCUUCAAUAGGAGCUGCCUGUGUUUGUUUCUUAGAAUUGCUUGGCCUCAACAGCCUCAAGCUCAGAGUUGAUAUGAAAGUGGCCAAUAUAAUUCUGAGCUACAAGUGUAAAAAUGAAGAUGCUCAGUACAGCUUUAUCAGAGAGUCUAUAGCUGAAAAACUAUCUAAACUGGCUGUGGGUGAAAAGGCAAGCAAAGAAGAAUUGCUUGUUCUCUUAGAGGAAGGUAUAUGGAACAGUAUUCAGCAACAGGAAAUACAGAGGUUAUCCAGUGAAUCUGGCAGCCAAUGGGCAUUAGCAGUACAGUUCUGCAGACUCCACAAUAUAAAACUGAGCACCUCUUACCUUAGAGAAUGUGCUAAAGCAAAUGAUUGGCUGCAGUUCAUUAUUCACAGCCAGCUCCAUAAUUACCAUCCAGAGGAGGUAAAAUCUCUUCUCCAAUAUUUCAGCCCUGUCCUUCAAGACCACUUAAGUCUGGCUUUUGAGAACUUGCCCUUAGUGUCCAAUUCCAGAAUGGACAAUGAUCAGGUCUGCAACAGUUCCCUCCAGGAACUCCAGAGCAACAAAGAAGAGAUAACUGAUUUCUUUGAAAUUCUGCUCCGGUCCUCAGAGGAGCCAAACUCCUGGUGCUGGCUCCUGGCUGAAGCACUGAAACAACGGGCUCCUAUUCUUAGUGUCCUGGCCUCGUGUCUCCAGGAUGCCAGUGCUAUUCCUUGUCUCUGUGUUUGGAUCAUCACUUCUGUGGAGGACAGUGUUGCAGCUGAAGCAAUGGGACACAUUCAGGGCUCAAUGGAGGACCACACUUGGGACCUUGAGGACCUCUCAGUCAUUUGGAGAACAUUAUUAUCAAGGCAGAAGAGCAAAACUCUCAUCAGAGGUUUCCAACUUUUCUUUAAGGAUUCCCCAUUGCUAUUGAUGAUGGAGAUGUAUGAACUGUGUAUGUUCUUCAAGAAUUACAAGGAAGCUGAAGAUAAACUACUGGAGUUCCAGAAGAGCCUCGAAACACUUGAAACAGCAGACACAAGGGUCCACACUGUCAUCCCUGUCCCAUGGCUAAAGGAGCAGGUGUGUUUUCUUCUGAGGCUCAUGCUGCAGCAGUGUAGGACCCAGUAUGAGCUGGGGAAGCUUUUACAGCUGUUUGUUGGAAUAGAAGAUCUCUUCUGUGAUGGUCCGGAUGUAAAGAAGCUAUGUGUCCUUAGCCAAAUUUUGAAGGAUACAUCCAUAGCCAUUAAUCAUGUAAUUAUUACCAGCUAUAGUCUUGAGAAUUUUCAGCGUGAAUGUAGAUCUAUUUUGGAGAAACUGGAGACAAAUGGACAGUUUGCUUUGGCCAGAAGGGUAGCAGUAUUAGCUGAGUUACCUGUGGACAGCCUGGUUAUUGAAGAGAUAACACAGGAAAUCCAGACCUUAAAACACAUUGACCAGUGGCCCCUGAAGCAAGCAAGAAUUGACUUCUGGAAAAAAUGCCAUGAGAAUUUUAAGAAAAGUUCCAUUUCAAGUAAAGCAGCUACUUCCUUUUUCUCAGCCCAAGCCUGUGAGUACCCAGCUGAAGCGGGACCGAGCAGCAUUGAGGAGCGCCAUCUGCUGCUCACCCUGGCAGGGCACUGGCUUGCUCAGGAGGACCCUGUGCCAGUAGAGAAGCUGGAGGAGCUGGAGAAACAGAUCUGGCUCUGCCGUAUCACCCAGCACACCCUCAGAGAAAACCAGGAGGAAAUAGUGCCCAGAUUUUCUCAACAGAUCUCAACUAGUGGUGAACUUUCCUUUAAUAGCUUAGCCAGUGAAUUUUCCUUCUCCAAGUUGGCUGCUCUGAACACAUCAAAAUACUUAGAACUUAAUGGCCUUCCAUCCAGAGAGACUUGUAAGAACAAACUGGACUGGAAGGAGCAGGAGUCACUAAACUUUUUGAUUGGGCGCCUCCUGGAUGACGGCUGCGUGCAUGAAGCAAGUAGAGUAUGCCGGUAUUUUCAUUUCUAUAACCAGGAUGUUGCUUUGGUAUUGCACUGCAGAGCACUGGCUUCAGGGGAAGCUAGUGUGGAUGACCUGCACCCAGAGACCCAUGCUCUCCUACAAGGUGUUGAGCUGCUGGAGGAAGAAGAACCUCGCCUUCCUCUAAGAAAAGUCCCAAGCAACCUUAGUAUUCCCUUUUUUUAUGUGCAGAGUGGCACCCUGAAGACGGCCCUGCUCGACUACAUCAAACGCUGCCGCCCUGGGGACAGUGAGAAGCACAACAUGAUCGCCCUGUGCUUCAGCAUGUGCAGAGAGAUAGGGGAGAACCACGAGGCCGCUGCCCGCAUCCAGCUGAAGCUGAUUGAGUCUCAGCCCUGGGAGGACAGCCUCAGGAACGGGCACCAGCUGAAGCAGCUGCUGCUGAAGGCCCUGACUCUGAUGCUGGAUGCGGCAGAGAGUUAUGCCAAGGACUCCUGCAUGCGACAGGCCCUGCACUGUCACCGGCUCACCAAGUUGCUAACACUGCAGAUUCACUUCCUGAACACUGGCCAAAACACGAUGCUCAUCAACCUAACCCGCCCCAGGCUGAUGGACUGCAUCAUGGCCCUACCCCGGUUCUACCAGGCUUCUAUUGUGGCUGAGGCUUAUGAUUUUGUUCCUGAUUGGGCUGAAGUUCUAUACCAACAAGUGAUUCUUAAAGGAGACUUUAAUUACUUGGAAGAAUUUAAGCAGCAAAGGUUAUUAAGAUCCAAUAUAUUUGAAGAGAUUUCAAAAAAAUAUAAACAACAUCAGCCUACUGACACGGUUGUGAAAAACCUGAAGAAGUUACUCACAUAUUGUGAAGAUGUCUACUUGUAUUACAAGCUGGCAUACGAACACAAAUUUUGCGAUGUUGUUAAUGUGCUCCUGAAGGAUCCUCAGACAGGCUGCUGUCUAAAGGACAUGCUAGCAGGUUAGAUGGGUUCAGAUGACAUGAGCAUGGUUACUACCAAGAUUUCAAAGUUGCCCGUUUUCUUGUACUGAAAUGAGGUACGGACAGAUGUUUGUGAUCAGAGUAGAAUAAUGCAUUGGGGAUCUUUGAUGUCCAAGUUAUAAAACCCCAGAACUGUUCAUACCAACCCUUUGUGAACUGUGGGUAAAGAAUGAAUCUUCACAAGGAAAUUGCUAUUUUAAAAGUGACUGUUCCUCUGUACCAUUUUGUAUAGACAUUGGUAUUAAGAUCAAAAGUUCCAUCUUCCUCAGGAUGGCUUCUACUUUAGGAGAUGAUACAAUAUUGAUUAAAGAAUACCUGUGCCUGCAGAUUCCAGUUUCAAAGGAAUUUAAUAUUUACACAGUUAAGGAACAGAUGAUACAUUUCCAUUAGUUAGAAACUGAUCUCUAUAAUAAAAUAGAUUUUAAAUUCAGUGCAUGUCAUUAUUAACUGCUAAGGAAAUCUUAGCCCUUGUCUGCCUUAAAACAAUCUUUAUUUGCUGUAAUUAUUGCUGUGUAAUCACUGCUUUCUGUUAAUUCCUCAAAUCAUUUGAAUGGUCCUGUCUUCCACUUAGUGGUCUACAGAGCUCUGAUUGAGGCUCCUACUUCAUAUGUAAGAGAAAUUAAAAACAUUUUUGUUCUGUCCCUACUUUUAAGUCUGUGACAAUU